AUGCUACAAGCUGCUUUCCUUCACAAAUUCGACCCCACGUCGUCAUUGCACCCAAUAGCGGGGGACAAUAUCCAUAGUCUCCCGAAGCUACAGUCCCAACCUUCACAUCUCUGCAACCCCACAGAAAUCCACCCCUAUCACUACCACCGCAACCACCAUCGUUAUGAACACCGCCAGCAUGUCAGGAGCCAGUGCGGGUUCUCUUUUUCUUUCCUUUCUGUCCGUCAUCCUGGAAUCGAAUCUAACCAAGCCAAUCGCUGCAACCGUGAAGCAGUAUUUGCAACGCGCCAGUCCUUAGGCUUUAUAAAGUCCAAGCUUAAAGGCGCCGAAACAGGUCAUAGUCUACUUAAGCGAAAAUCCGAGGCCUUGACGAAACGUUUCCGCGAGAUAACCCAGCGUAUCGAUGAAGCCAAACGAAAGAUGGGCCGCGUGAUGUCGAUCGCUGCCUUCUCCCUUGCAGGAGUCACUUACGCUACAGGCGGCGGCUCGAACCUAAAUUACCAAGUGCAGGAGAACGUCAAGACUGCUAGGUUCCGCGUGAGGACUAAUCAGGAGAACGUGUCCGGCGCGCUGCUGCCCGUGUUCGAGAGCUACAUCGCGCAAGGGAACUCGGAUUUUGGUCUCACGGGGUUGGGCAGCGGCGGGCAGCAGGUGCAGCAGUGCAGGGAGGUUUAUGGGAAGGCGGUGGAGAUGUUGGUUGAGUUGGCGAGUUUGCAAACGGCGUUCGUAAUCCUCGAUAACGUUAUCAAAGUCGUUAGCCGUCGCGUCAAUGCUAUCGAGCAUGUUAUUAUCCCCCGCACGAAGAAUACGAUCAGGUAUAUCAACAGUGAACUCGAUGAGUUGGACCGCGAGGAAUUUUAUAGGCUUAUGAAAGUGCAAGGGAAAAAGUGUCGUGAUGCCGAGGAGGCAGACAAGGAACUUCGUGCUAAGAUGGCAGAAGCAGGGACUACUGCAAUUGAUAGGGCCGAGUAUGGGGGUGAAGGUGUUCCAGAUAUCCUAGAAGAAAAGGAGGAUGAGGAUCCUAUUUUUUAAAGACAAAAAUGGUGUCUUUCUUUGCAUGGGCAGCAGAGCGCUCUUUUCCCUCUUUCUUUCACAUGAAUAUCUUACCCGUGAUGGGCUUUUCCUUUAGCAUACCCGACUUUUCUCCCUCAUUUUCUUCAUUUUUUCCCUUUUCUACUUUGUAAAUACCCCCCAGUACCCCACAUCAAUUCCAUCAAUCA